AUGCUUUUGGAACACUCCAAUCAUGCGCCCUGUCUCUCGCUUGGUGAACUGAACGAGCAUAUUGCUGAUCGAUUCCGCAAUGCCAUACUGGAUGGGUCCGACGUCGAUGGACUCCUUGCCAACCCCUUGUAUCGGAAAAAUACCUUUAUUUCCGUUACGAUGACCAUGAUGUGGGAAUUUAUUUUUACACGUUAUCUCUUUGGCUUGGACAGACCGAUAUGCUCAGCAAUCAAGCGGCUAGAGAAGGAAUUGGCUCAGACUUUACCACGAGAAGCAGUUCAUCGCUGGCGAGCCACAACGUUGUACUUACUGGCACAGGAUAUGGAGUUGAAAAGCCAGAAAGGACAUGAUAUUCUAGUGAUUUCGAUUGAAAUUAUCGAUGCACUGAUGUCUAUGCUACCGGAAGGGAGACCACAUGAUUUUCGCCUGGGCGAGCAGCUCUGCAAGCUAGUGCACAGCGCUGUGGACAUCUCUGUUAAAAUGCGUACGCAGCCGGCAGACUACAUCAUGUUACCUCCUCUUCAGCCUGAGUAUGACAGUCAAGGAGAUUUGACAAGCCAGAUUUUCUUCAACGCCUCCUUGAUGCAUGAUCAAAGAGGCGUGUAUGCAUCAGAUGAAGAAGCAGAAACCGAACACGCGGUGGUUCGUUUAGUCCUUUUUCCAUUAGUAGUAAAGAAGGGCGACGACAAGGGCAAAGGAGACGAAGAAGUGGUUGUUUAUCGAGCUCAGGUCGUCGUGGCAGAAGAGCAGAGCGAACGGUCGGCUCCUGAAUCAGAGAUCAAAGCUCAAGCCCCUGGCUCCUGA